UCACAGGGUCCGGGGCGGGGCUUCCUUCCGGACACGUGACCAGGGCGAGUCAGUUCCGCCGUCUCCGGAAUCAGCGGGGCGGAGGGUGAAUUGGCUAUGGAGAGACGGGGCCGGAAGCGGGGCUCGGGGGCCGGAAAUGCGGGAAUGGGUGAUGGCUUUCUCAUGGAAGUGUGCGUUGACUCAGUGGAAUCUGCUGUGAAUGCAGAGAGAGGAGGUGCUGGCCGGAUCGAGCUGUGUGCUGGCCUGAUGGAAGGAGGAACCACGCCCAGUAUGGCAGGGCUCCUGCAGGUGGUGAAGCAGUGUGUGCGGGUCCCAGUGUUUGUGAUAAUCCGCCCUCGUGGGGGGGAUUUCCUCUACUCCGACCGGGAGUUGGAAGUGAUGAAGGCUGAUAUCCGCCUAGCCAAGCUGCAUGGGGCCGAUGGGCUGGUGUUUGGGGCCCUGACUGAGGACGGGCGCAUCGACACAGAGCUCUGCACAGCCCUGCUGGCUGUUUGUCGUCCCCUGCCAGUCACCUUCCACCGAGCCUUCGACAUGGUCCAUGAUCCUCUUGUGGCCCUGGAGACCCUGGUGUCCCUGGGAUUUGAGCGGGUGCUGACCAGUGGUUGUGACAGCUCAGCACUGGAGGGGUUACCCUUAAUAAAGAGACUCACAGAACAGGCUAAGGGCAGGAUUGUGGUGGUGCCAGGGGGUGGUAUAACAGAGAGGAACCUGCAGAGGAUUCUUGAGGGCUCUGGUGCACCUGAGUUUCACUGCUCUGCUCGCUCAGCCCGGGACUCGGCAAUGAAGUUCAGAAACAGCAGUGUUGCCAUGGGAGCCUCUGUCUCCGUCUCCGAAUAUUCCCUAAAGGUAGCGGAUGUUGCUAAAGUGAGGACCCUGAACGCUAUUGCAAAGAACAUCCUGUAGAGGGCAAGUGCUGAGUGUGGGAUAGGAGCGCACAGACCCUGGGAUCCUCCCUGCCAGUCUGGACAGAUGGGCUCUGGCUUCAGUCUCACAAGGGCUGUCGAGGAAGUGGAUACUAUAAAGGAACCUGCAGUCUCUUCAUUGGCUUCACCUGGACACUCUCCCUGGACUGGAGGCUUAAACUGGCUUUUGUUUUUUUAAACCAAGGACCCAUUCCUGACUGUUGUAGUGGCACAAACCAUUCAGCAGCAAUUGGGAGGGGGGACCUUAGCUAACAGGGUAACUAAAUUGUGCACUACCACCAGUGAUGGUUAAAUAAACACCCUGCAGCCACUCCCGUGUCACUGUCAGAGAGGCUUGAUGGUCUGUGUCAUGCUAUCCAAUGUGAAUGGUAUCUGCUAUGGUGAGUCAUAUGACAUGUACUUGCAAAGAGUUAUGUACCAGGGAAUCUGCCCAAGAUGCAGUCAGCACGAAGAAAUGAUUUCAUUCAGAGUUAAGGUCAUUUGAAUUCAGGACUCUCGCUUUCAGGCUGAUUUAGCAAUCUGUGGCUAAGGUUGGCAGAGUCGUUCAGGAGACAUUGAACUGAGAACUAUAUCUAGAACUCAAACACCACACAGGUUCUGCUGACAAAGCUUGUCAGCCUCAUAAACAAAGCUCAGGUCUCAUCCCCUUUUCUUAAAGAAAACCACAGGGAAAUCAAUUGAAGAAAUCCUGGAGUUAGUACAAAGAACAAAUUGUAGCCUUUUAUUUUAUUUAAAAUGAAUUUAGUAAUGUGGUAUUAAACCACCGUGGGUUCGGCUCUGGUGGCUACAGUUUCAAGCUUAACAGAG